GAGAGCCUCGUGGCAGAAAGGAUAUUCUCUUUUGAUAUUCAUAAUUAAUGUAUGGUUAUGUGGUUUUUCAAAUAGGCUUAUUGAAGAUUCACAUAACUGAAAACAGUUUUUGUGGCGUUUGAGAUAAUCCAUCUCACCGGACAAUCAGAGUCGCAGAGGUUCGUCCCGUCCAGAACCCCGGUGCAGCAUUUUACGAAGAGAGGACGGAACAGCGAUUUGCCCUCUGAUUUCGGAGCUGGAGAAACGUAGACUUAGAACGGGAAAAUGUGUUUCUUGCCGUGACUGACUGAGCGCACUCCAGCUCCAUUACGCACAUACAUUACCGGCCAUCUGUUGAUGCCUGAAGCUCGGGGAGCUGUUUAAAUUUGUUGGUGGGCGAUGUGAAGUGAUCGGCGCUGGACCAAAUGCCUGAUCCGUCCAUAGGACUGCAUGGCACGCUGUUUCUCCGUUAUGCGGUAAGAUGAGCGCUGACCUGGAGCGCGCUUCGCCCAACACAUCAGUGAACUCGGCCGGCGUCGGGAGCCGUGCGCUCUCGACAAAUGUCCGAAGGCUCCAUAACACACUCAAUGUGCUGCUAAGUGACCUGGAGAGAAAGCAAUUUAUCCACUGUCUAAAUGUUUACCACGCUAAACGCAACGUUUACGACCUGGUCCAGACUCUCAAAGUGAUUCUGGACACGCCCGCGAAGCGACAGCUGCUGCCCAUGCUGCGUCUGGUUAUCCCCAGGUCCGACCAGCUCCUCUUUGACCAGUACACGUCCGAGGGGCUCUACCUGAAAACAGACCUGCUGCCCAGCAACGGUAGCGCGGAAAGCUUCGGAGAAGAGGGCGAUUCCACUCUGCAGUCGUACAUCAGCUCAGUCUGCGAGCAGCCUCUCACGACGACUUGUCCGGAACCGACUGUUUCCAUGGCCCCGCUCUUCAGCGAGGGCCUCUCCGGAGAAGUGCGUCAAGUUACCCUGACGCGCUCCAGGAGCCAAGAGGGUCUAGGUUUUAGCAUCCGCGGGGGGUCAGAGCACGGCGUGGGGAUCUACGUGUCGCUGGUGGAGCCGGGCUCAUCGGCCGAGAGGGAAGGACUGAGGGUCGGGGACCAGAUAGUAGUAGCGAACGACUCGGUGUUUGACUCUGUUUCUCACACAGAGGCGGUGAAGGUGUUGAAGGGAUGUAAGAAGCUGACCAUGUUAGUGUGCUCAAUGGGUUGCAUCCCAGGAGGCUACAUGACCAACCAAGUGUACAGCUGGCUGGACCCUCAGGGCCGGAGUGUAUCUCCACCACCUGAUAGCCAGGAGGCCGACCUGAGGCAAGGACACAGCAUGGAGGAGAGGACGGUCAACCUGAAUAUGGACAACGGUCGCUCUCUGGGUCUGAUGAUAAGGGGUGGGGCUGAGUACGGACUGGGGAUCUACAUCACAGGAGUGGACCCUGGAUCUGCUGCUCAUGUUGGUGAACUCAAGGUGGGUGACCAAAUUCUGGAGGUGAAUGGUCAGAGCUUUGUCACUAUCUCCCAUGAUGAAGCAGUAAACAUCCUCAAGUCAGGGCAUCACCUAAUGAUGAGGUUGAGGGAUGUGGGCCGUUUGCCUCAUGCACGUACAGUUGUGGAUGAGACCAAAUGGACCUGUGGUCAUGUCAUCGCUGAGACCAAUGCAACAGCUGGCCUAAAUUCUGUCUCACAUCCAAGUGUCGGUGCUGUUGUUCAUACAAGCAUCAGUGCCAGUGGCAACAAUACAAGACCAUCAUCUGCCAGAGCCACACCUGUGUUUGGAAAGUUGGCAGGGUACAGAGGGGUUAGCCCACCUGGUGCUCAAGUGUCUCUGGAGCAACAAGCCAACUUGCUGCUGACAGAACAGGAGAGGCAGACCAUGGCCUACUACCUGCGGGAGUAUCAGCAAGGACACAUCAAUGUGGAGCCAUUGACCAUGGCUCUUUCGGAGCUUUUCAACACCCAUGCAAAGUUGUCCUUGUUGUCUGAGGUCAGGAGUCUAGUGGCUGCUGAGGAUCUGGAGGUGUAUGACAGGCUGGUGUUGCACCAUCAAAGGGAGGCUCAUCAGGCCUGGGAAGGUCUCAGAAUGCUACAUCCAUCAGGCCAUUGCAGCCAUGCAGUUCUUGUAAUACAUGACGCAGGACAGAUCAGCCGUCCAGUGGCUGAAGCUUCCACUGGCAACUGGAUAGAAAAAGAACAAGAAAAGAACAGGAAUGCCUUCCGAAACAUUUCACUGGAUGAAGCGAGGUCUUCUCCUCCACCUUUUAGGACUGCACCUGUCCAGGCCCAGAUUACUCAAGCCAGAGACAAAGAGAUCAGUCAGCGACCCUCAGCCCGGCUACUCCAGCCCAGUUCCAGUGUACCCCUUCCUGGUCCAACUCGGCUGCUUCAAGAAAGCUUCCACAAGUCACCAAAGUCCUUCCCUACCUCCCAGCAGCCCUUCUCAAUAUCUGCCAAGCAUAUCUGUGCUGCUACAAAACAUCAUACAUCUCUCAGUACACUCCAACAUACCUGCCAGAGCACCCCUCACCUCUCUGGCCCAGAGCAAUACUCCCAUUCACACUUCACUCAGCAUGCUGGCCACUUCAACCGGCUCACUUCAGGACACCAAACAUGUCCGGGCUUCCUGAACCAUCGGGACUCCUCCAUAUUUGUUCAACCAGAGGCAGCAGUCAAACUUUCUUCUCGGUCAAGCUCAUAUGAAAAGUCAUCUGCUUUUUCAAAGUCUGCCUCCUCCUCUAAAGAAGCAUCUCCAAUGCCAUCACCUCAUCCAUCACCACGUCCUUCGCCGUGUCCUUCCCCAUGUCCCUCUCAUAUGAUACCUGCCUCUCUAUCAUGUAGUCCAGACCGGCCAUGCUCACCUGCCCUCACCCACAAAAUCAUCAUUACAGACAUGAACCGGCUGUCUGCAGACUCCAGACAACAGCAAAGAGGUGCGCUGUCUCAGUUGUCAGACAGUGGUCAGACUCUGAGUGAAGACAGCGGUGUAGAUAUAGGAGAGACUGGCGGUCUUACUAAGGAUGGCAGCCCAAGACCAACCAAGAAUAAGCAGGGUCAUCUGGAAAUUCAAGGGGCCCACAUCUCUCCUAUAGGGGCUACAAGACAACAGAUAAGCUCACCUCUUUCAGCACUAAACACUGCCAUAGUCAGGGUGGUGAAAAAUUCCAACACGUUGGGCAUUGCUAUAGAGGGAGGAGCCAAUACAAGACAACCUUUGCCACGCAUUGUGACCAUUCAGAAAGGAGGCUCAGCUCAUAACUGUGGCCAGCUAAAGGUUGGCCAGGUCAUCCUAGAAGUCAAUGGAGUUUCACUAAGAGGACAGGAACAUGAAGAGGCUGCCCGAAUCAUUGCUGAAGCAUUCAAGACCAAAGAGAAGGACCACAUCGACUUACUGGUGGCUGAUCUAGGGUUCUAAAAAAAGACAGUCACUCGGUACACUUUAAUUGAAAAAGAAAUUGUUAUGCAACAUUGAGAACUCUCAAUUAAUGCCCUCUAUUACACAUCUUCAAUUCAUUUCAGGGUUAUAGAUACCACAAAGAUGUGUUGGAUUUCUGUUAACUGCUCUAUUUAGACAUUUGUACAAGCUAAUUAAAGAAAAGGAUUAAAGAUUAAUAUUUAAUGACUCAUAACUUAGUCGAAGGUUAUUAGUUUAGUUUUAUAACAGAAAAUAUUCUGUGUUUAUGUUCUGUGUAUUACAAGUCAGAGAAACAUAAUAUUAAGGCAGAAAUAAAAAUCUUAUCACACAAAACCAUUUUUGAAAUCAUGGGAAAAAACUAAUAAUAAUGAAUUCAACAAUGGAGAAGAAAUAAAUAGGCAGAUGUGUUGCUACUUCUUAAUUUGGCAAUAGAAGCUAUUUAGAGAAUGUGAUUUGUAAAAUGUUACUAUCACUAACAUUUAACUAACUUCAAAUCAAAAUUCAGAAGACAACAUGUGAAUUUUGAAGAUGCAGCAUUCUCCAACUUCAAGAAUACCCAAAUGUUUACUCAAAAAGCUGAUGGAUAGAAAUGGGAAGUCAACUCCUCACUGUCACUGGACAACUGAUUAGUUCAGACUAUUGAAAAACAAUUUUUUAGGCUCUGGCUCACAGUUAUGGAAAAAAGAAAGUUUUCAUCCCUUUAUUCUACAGCUUGUCGAAGCACCAUUAGCAGCAAUAGUUGUCAAUUAUUAUCUUCUGCAUAAUGUUAUUUAUUUCUGGUGAUAAUUUCUGCUUUCAGCAACAUCUGGAAUCUUUUCUUAAUCUAAUUUGGUUAACUCAGUGACAUCAAGGUGAGCAGAUUGUAAGGCUGCAGAACACCUAAUUAACUACCUCUAACCUUGAAAACCAGAAUGAUACAUUGAGUCUUGCUUGGAAUCAGCAUUAUGGCCAUAAAUUUACAAGUUUUUUGGUUCAUCAUUAAAGUCUUAAAUCCAAUUGCCAAAUAAAUUUUAGACAGUGGAGGUUUUCUUUGGACUGAAUAAGUAAUAUCCAGUCCAUCAUUUGCCUGUAUUGCUGCUGUUAAUGGUAACAUUUAGCAUGCUAACGGAGGUUUACAGAGAAGGGGAGAUGAAGGGGGAAAAGUUAGGACAAUUUCAAUGGCCCCUCACUGACAACAAAAUAGUUGUUUAUUUUUUUUAUGCUUUUUUUAGUUUCCUAUUGAAAUAGAAAACAACUUGGGGGCCUUGUCAGUAACAAAAUGUAUGUAUCUAUUUUUGUUUUUAUUGUUUUUCGCAGUAAAAAUCAAAUGUUACCACUCUCAAUAUUUGCAUUGAACUCCCCUCCGGGUCUGCAUGAAAUGAUUUGAUCCGCACACUCGAUGGUGAAGGUGUUCAGCAGUUACUAUGCUGCCAAGAAAAUUAAUAAAGCCAGGCUUUCAAAAAGA